AUGUGUGAUUGUGCGUGUGUGCGUGCAUUUAUAAAUUUUACUUUUGCUCGAGUUCAAGUUGCCAAGUUGCUUAGAAAAUUUUGGCUACAUUCCGCAAUCGCGCGUGCUGUGUGAACGCUGUGAACGUGAAUGAUAGCUCUGACUGCAUUAUUAACCAAAUACACGAUCGGUAUUAUGAGCAAUUUAAGCAAUGGCAAUUUGCAACAGAAUCAACAACAGCAACAGCAGCAACAACAACAGCAACAGAAUGUGGAAGCGGGUGCGGGUGCGGCUGCGGUGCCUGGAAUGAUGAUGGAACCAGGUGCAAUGCCAGCACCUGGUCUAGGUAUCGCUGUGGGCGUGGUGCAACGCCAGCGUCUACUAAUACAGCAACAGCAACAACAACAACAUCACCAAAAUCCUGCCGCCGAAGGAAGUUGUUUAUUGCGCUAUGCCAGCCAAAAUAGUCUCGACGAGAGCUCCCAGAAGCACAUACAACGACCCAACGGCAAGGAGCGCGGCACAGUGGGACAAUACAACAAUGAACAACACACCGCGCGCUCCUUCGAUGCGAUGAACGAGAUGCGCAAGCAAAAACAACUUUGUGAUGUCAUUCUGGUUGCUGACGAUGUGGAGAUUCAUGCACAUCGCAUGGUCUUGGCCUCCUGCAGUCCUUACUUCUAUGCGAUGUUCACCAGCUUUGAGGAAUCCCGCAAGGCGCGCAUCACAUUACAGAGCGUGGAUGCACGUGCUCUGGAGCUGCUCAUCGAUUAUGUGUAUACCUCAAAUGUGGAGGUGAAUGAGGAUAAUGUCCAGGUGCUGCUGACAGCCGCCAAUUUAUUGCAGCUCACCGAUGUGAGAGAUGCCUGCUGUGAUUUUCUACAAACCCAAUUGGAUGCCAGCAAUUGUCUGGGCAUUCGUGAAUUUGCCGAUCUGCAUGGCUGCGUCGAGCUCCUCAACUAUGCGGAGACCUACAUUGAGCAACAUUUCAACGAAGUCAUUCAGUUUGACGAAUUUCUGAAUCUGACGCACGAACAGGUCAUCAAUUUGAUAUCCAAUGAUCGCAUCUCGGUGCCAAAUGAGGAGCGCGUUUAUGAAUGUGUCAUCGCCUGGUUGCGCUACGAUGUCCCCUUGAGGGAGCAUUUCACAUCCCUCCUAAUGGAGCAUGUGCGCCUGCCGUUCCUCUCGAAGGAGUACAUCACACAGCGAGUGGAUAAGGAGCUCUUGCUCGAGGGCAACAUUGUCUGCAAGAAUCUGAUUAUUGAAGCAUUGACCUAUCAUCUGUUGCCGACGGAAACAAAGUCGGCACGCACUGUGCCCAGGAAACCGGUGGGAAUGCCCAAGAUUCUGCUGGUGAUAGGCGGUCAGGCGCCGAAGGCUAUACGCUCCGUGGAGUGGUAUGAUCUGAGGGAGGAGAAAUGGUAUCAGGCGGCCGAGAUGCCGAGUCGUCGUUGUCGCAGCGGGUUGUCCGUGUUGGGCGACAAAGUCUAUGCCGUAGGUGGCUUCAAUGGAUCCCUGCGUGUUCGCACUGUGGAUGUCUAUGACCCGUCAACGGAUCAGUGGGCCAACUGUAGCAACAUGGAGGCACGGCGCUCUACACUCGGUGUGGCUGUCGUUAAUGGUUGCAUCUAUGCUGUCGGAGGGUUUGAUGGCACCACCGGACUCUCCAGCGCAGAGGUUUACGAUCCAAAGACUGAAAUCUGGCGUUUCAUUGCCUCGAUGUCCACGCGUCGCAGUUCCGUGGGAGUUGGUGUGGUUAAUGGUCUUCUAUAUGCCGUUGGCGGCUACGAUGGCUUCUCUCGGCAAUGCCUCUCCUCCGUGGAACGCUAUAAUCCCGAUACGGACAUCUGGUCCGCCGUUGCCGAGAUGUCUUCCCGUCGCAGCGGUGCCGGCGUUGGCGUCCUCAAUAAUAUCCUGUAUGCUGUUGGUGGUCAUGAUGGUCCCAUGGUGCGCAAAUCUGUGGAAGCUUAUGAUUUCGAAACGAACUCCUGGCGCUCUGUCGCCGAAAUGUCCUAUUGUCGUCGCAAUGCUGGCGUUGUUGCCCACGAUGGACUCUUGUAUGUGGUGGGCGGUGAUGAUGGUACCUCCAAUUUGGCCUCCGUUGAGGUCUACUGCCCGGAUUCAGAUAGCUGGCGUAUUUUACCAGCUUUGAUGACCAUCGGACGCAGCUAUGCGGGCGUCUGUAUGAUAGAUAAGCCCUUGUGAAUGGAAGAGCAGGGCGCAUUGGCACGCCAAGCAGCUUCGCUGGCCAUAGCGCUGUUGGAUGAUGAAAAUAGCCAAGCUGAGGGCACCAUGGAGGGCGCUGUCGGUGGUGCUGUUUAUGGCAAUAUUGUUGCUGGUGCCGUUGCUGUUGUGGCAACACCGCCAACACCCGCACAACCGUCAGCAAAUCAUCCGCAUUAUGAGAACAUCUAUGCUCCAAUUGGUCAGCCAAGCAACAGCAACAACAAUAAUAUUAACAAUAAUCAAGUUGUUGCCAAUGCCAAUGCCCCUGCUAAUGUUGAUGAAGCUCAACAGCCGCCGCAACAACCACAACAACCCCAACAACAACCACUACUGGCAACUGAAGCCAAUCAGCCUCAAGUUCCACAACAACCACAGCAACAACAAGCACAACAAGCUUCACCACCGCAACAAGCACGCAUAUUGCCCAUUAAUAGUUAUCGCAACGAUUUAUACGAUCGUUCAGCAACCACAUCAGCUGCCUACGAUGUGCCACGUGCGGUGCGUUCUGGUUUGGGAUACAGACGCAAUUUUCGCAUCGAUAUGCAGAAUGGCAAUCGCUAUGGCAGUGGUUUGCGCUGUGCACCACAUUAUGCCAGCAACCGAAACAAUUGCCAGCGACAACGCAGCUUUGAUGACACGGAAUCCACAGAUGGUUAUAAUUACCCCUAUGCCAAUGCGAUGCGUUACGAGAAUAUCUAUGAGCAGAUACGAGACGAGCCGCUUUAUCGCACCACAGCUGGUAGUGCGGGCAGUCGUGUGCCGCUCUACACACGCCUGGAUGUUUUGGGUCACGGCAUUGGACGCAUCGAAAGGCAUUUGAGUUCGUCGUGUGGCAACAUUGAUCAUUAUAAUCUCGGUGGUCACUAUGCGGUGCUGGGACACUCGCAGUUCGGCACCGUGGGUCACAUACGUCUCAAUGCGAAUGGAACAGCUGCACCGAGCCCAAGUUCUGUUGGCGCCAGCAGCUGCAAUGUGCCCAAUUGUCAGGGCUAUGUGGGAGGUGGUAUCGGUGGUGCAGGUACAAGUGCUGCAACUGCUGUUGGUGCCGCAACCGCCGCUGCAGCGGUCACAGCUGGCGGCAUGGAUUACGGCAAUGUCAAGGUGCCGGUCAAGAAUAGCGCCUCCUCGUUUUUCAGCUGCCUGCACGGCGAGAAUUCGCAGAGCAUGACAAACAUUUACAAAACGACAGCGGCGGCCCUUGCUGCAGCACACCACACUUCACCACUUACGCCCAAUGUAUCCCUGGAACGGGCAGCACGCUCAGCAUCCGCAGGACCUGCCACAGCAGCUGUAUCCGUGGCAACUGCUGCAGUAGCUGCAGAAGAACAGCAAGUAAAUGCCGAGAGUGUUUGCAGCUCAACAGCAUCCAUACGUCCAACUGGCGCCAUACCCAAAGUAAAGACUGCCAGCAAGGUCGGUAAGGAGUCCAGCAGCACCACAGCAACGGCUGCUGCUGCCACCUUAAGUGGAGGCGAGAAAACUGCAACGGGAGCCACUGUAAAGAGCGCAACUUUGGCAAAGAAAACAACUGGAGGUACUACGCGCUCGAAUUCGAAUGAAUCUGGCAAUGGCACAUUGAAUCGCAUCUCCAAAUCCAGUUUACAGUGGCUGCUGGUCAACAAGUGGCUGCCCCUAUGGAUAGGUCAGGGACCCGAGUGCAAGGUGAUUGACUUUAACUUUAUGUUCUCGCGCGAUUGUGUCAGCUGCGAUACGGCAUCGGUGGCGUCUCAAAUGUCCAAUCCUUAUGGCACACCACGUUUGGGAUUGGGUCCUUUGCCACAGGAUAUGAUGCGUUUUCAGGGAGGUUGCGCCAGCGCCGGCACCGUGCGUCGGGAUGUCAAUGCCGCAGCUCGUCCCUUGCACAGUAACUUGAGCAGAUUGCGAUGCGGGGCCGAAAAGCGGCCGAAUAAUUCCACGACUGGCAGCUAUCGCUAUGAGGAUCCAUCGUAUGAAAAUGUGCAUGUGCAGUGGCAAAAUGGCUUUGAGUUUGGACGUUCAAGGGAAUGCGAUGCCAGCUAUAAUCAUCAACAGCAGCAGCAACAGCGUCCGUUGUUGCAACGUGCCAGAUCCGAGAGUCCAACAUUCAGCAAUCAACAGCGGCGCAUGCAACGUGCUGCGGCACAAGCUCAGGCUGCGACUCCAAAAUCCUCUUCGAAGUUAGCCGAUCCCUUUAAGAACUACGAACUGAAUGCGGAUAACAACAGCUUUAAGCCCAAACAACCAACUAUUGAGUUGCUCGAUGACUUGGAGGGCGCUGUGGGCGGUGCAUCUGCGGAAUGUGUUGCUGAAUUGGAUGUGGAGCCGUUAGAGCCGAUGAAUUUGAGUGAUAACGAGACUGAUACAACAACAACAGCUACUGCAGCAACAACUACAACCACAUCAACUAACAACCAGCAAACUGCAAACAAUAACAAUGCAAACGCUCAUGAAGCAAAUGAUUAAAAAAAACUAUGUUGUUCAGAUUAUGAUUAGUUUACACAUCAAUUCAGUUUUAUUUCUGCGUUCAUAAAUUCCACGAUUUUAUUUUAUUUAACUAAUUUUAAUGUAUAAUUUAAGUUAAGAACUUUAACUAUGUAUUUGGUAUCAAAAUUAGAUCUCCCAAAAAAUUUGGCAAAAGAAAAAAAAGCAUAAUAUUUAGAAAAUUUAUGUAAUACUUGUAGAAUUUGAUACAUUGUGAUUCGGGAUGAUCCACCAAAGCUCGAAUAUAUAUAUUUACUAGAAAUCUAAGUGUAUGUCUUCAACUUCAAGUCGUAAAGGCCAUAUAAAGAAAGAAAGAAACAUGCAAUACAAAUGCGCCAUAUCAUGCACAUUACUCGUAUAUAAGAAAAUCAUAAUAACAUACAUAUAUACAUAGAAAUUUAAGCAAUACGCAUUUGAUUUAAAGUUCCAAUGUUCUGUUACGCUGCCCUCCUAUCCAAUUAUGAAUUAUAUUAUUAUAGCAAUAGAUUAGUUGAUACUAUUUACAUCAUAUUGUCAUUUGUUAUGUGCACUCUGCUUUUUUUAAGUUUUGCGUUUAUGAAAAAAAAAGAAUAGAAAGAGAUCAACUCUAGCUUAAGUCAAUUAGUGUAACAGGUAUUAUUUACAUGCAAACAUACAUACUUAUAUACAAAAUUAUAUAGAUAUAUAUAAGAAAUAUACAAAAUUCCCCAAAAAAGAAUCAUAUACAAUACUCCCAAAUAUACAUAUAUUUAGUUCUAAGCAUACUUACAUGUAUUGCGUUUAACUAAUUCAUAAUAAAAAU